GCAGCCUCUGUCAGACGGAAAGCGGUCACCACGGUCACUCCCGCCUCAGAGGGAGAGAGUGAGGUUGAAGGCUGCACCUUAAUCUCUGACUGUGUCUGUUUUAUUUUAAUUUAAAAAAAAUGUACUGAUCCGGUACAGCGGAGUACUUUCCUUCAUCGAAGAACAUAAAACCGUCGAGAGCUUAAGGGAAAAUGUUGAGGGCUUCAUGGAAAGUAGCUCCGCCGUUGAAGAAGUGCCUUUGUGGUAAAUCACAGCUCCAUUCUUUGCGACAAUGCCGUGGGUACACAUCUGGGAGUAGUACUGGAACCUCAGCAGGCAAAAUAGUGGGAGGAAGUAUCUUGUUUGUUGGAGGUGGCUUGGGUGGCACUAUAUUGUAUGCAAAGUGGGAUCCCAAAUUUCGAGAGAAUAUAGAGAAAACCGUCCCGUACUCCGAUAAAGUGUUUGAAUUAGCUCUUGGUCCUGCACCAUAUAACCUACCCCUUUUAAAGAAACAGGACACAAAAACAUUGUCAGUAUCAACGUCCUCUGAAGUAUUGAAAGGAUCCAAACUGCCGAAAUCCGUGCCAGAUAAAGAAGCUUCAGGUGUUGAAGAGAUCAUCGGAGAAGCUUCUUCUAAAGAUGCAGCUGCAAUUAUUUCUGCUGUUGGUGAUGCUCCAACAGUCCCUGCUCCUGGGGUCCAAGUUGAAAUGGAAGAAAAACAUGACGCAAGUCGUGAAAGCUGUAGUUGUGAAAACGAAGCCGUACAGGGCCAGCACAUUGCAGUAGAAGAACACCCACCUCAGGAAGUUGCUAAACACCUAGCUCAGCAAGAUAGAGAGGAAAACAUCAAAGUUGUUGGUGAAAGCUGUAGUUGUGAAAACGAAGCCGUACAGGGCCAGCACAUCGCAGUAGAAGAACACCCACCUCAGGAAGUUGCAAAACACCUAGCUCAGCAAGAUAGAGAGGAAAACAUCAAAGUUGUUGAAAUAACAUCAACUUUGGAGGAUGCUCUUGGUAGAAGUGCUCAAGUAACACUCAAGGCAAUUGAAGCUCAGGAUUCAGCCAUAGAAGCCAUUACCUUGCAUGCCCAGAGGUUAAAGGAAGCCAUGGAUGACUCUGAGAAUACUGUAGGUCGAAAGUCAGAACAAUGGCGAGCCUUGGAAAAUGCUUUGAGCAUCCGCAGCAAGGUUGUAAACCAAGCCAAUGAAGCAAUGAUGAAAGCCAAAGAAGAAUUAGACAACCUUCGAAGUACAAUUGAAGAAGCUAAACAGAGUGAGAUCUCUUCUGUUCGACCACAGCUGCUGGCUGCAGAAGAAAAUCUCAACCAUAUGUUGGUGGAUCUGGAUCAUAUAGAAAGAAAGGUACAGGCAGCUCAAUCAGAAGCCAAAAUAGUUGUUCAGUACAGUGAACUGGUAGCUAUGGCCAGGGAUGAAUUCAGGAAGGAACUAGAGAGCAUCACUCCAGAUGUAAAAUUUGGGUGGAAAAACCUGACUGGCCAGCUGAGCACUGAUGACCUCAACUCAUUGAUUGCCCAUGCCCAUCGUCGUAUUGACCAGUUGAACAGAGAGUUGGCAGAACAGCAUGUGCGGGAACAGCAGCACAUUGAAAAGGCUCUUGAGCAUCAGAAGCUAGAGCACAAGAAAACUUUGGACGCAGCAGUGGCAAAAGCCUUGGAGCAUUAUCAAACAGAAAUACUUCUUGAAAGGGACAAAAAGGCAGAGGAAGUACGUGAAAUGAUGGAGGCAGAGUUGCGAACUCAACUACGCAGGCAAGCUGCUGCUCACACAGAUCACCUGAGGGAGGUACUGAAGAUUCAGGAACAGGAAGUCAAAGGAAAAUAUCAGGAGGAAUUGCAACAAAAACUAUCUGAAUAUGACAUUGAAUUCAGACGCUUGUCUCAGGAACAACUGGACAACUUUACAAGAGAUAUGAAUGCAGCUUAUUCUCGGUUGAAGGGUAUUGAACAAGCAAUGGAGAGUCAUGCGGUCGCGGAAGAGGAGGCUAGAAAGGCACAUCAACUCUGGCUCUCUAUAGAAGCUCUGCAGUACACCCUAAAGACAGCCUCUGGUGAUAGCCUGACAGAACCCCUUCAGAAAGCCCUAGACGCUGUGACAAAUAGCUGUGGAGAUGAUCAAUUUACACAAGCUUUGGUCAAAGCUCUUCCUCAAGAGUGUCUCUCGCGUGGUGUGUACAGUGAAGAGACAUUACGUCAUCGGUUCUACACAGUGCGGAAAAUGGCACGGCGUGUGGCCAUGAUAGAUGAAACAAGAAAUAGCCUCUAUCAAUAUUUCCUCUCCUACCUGCAGUCCUUUCUAUUAAUGGAGCCUCAAGUAAUAAAGCCUCCUGAGGAACUUAAACCUGAAGACCUGGAUACAUUUAGACUGUUAUCGUAUGCUUCAUUCUGCAUUGAACAUGGUGACCUUGAGCUCGCAGCUAAAUUUGUCAAUCAACUUCGUGGAGAACCAAGAAGGGUGGCACGGGACUGGCUGACAGAAGCUCGUGUGACCCUCGAAACAAAGCAAGUGGUUGAAAUCCUUUCAGCUUAUGCCAAUGCAGUUGGUUUGGGUACCACUCAGGUUGAAUGAUUCAGCAGAAAGCAGUUGUUAUCACAGCAGAAAAAUGGAGUCCAACCCUGUAAGCACUGACUGUUCCAGUGUAUUCCAGUAGAUGAUACAAUGAAGUAAUUUGUUGGGAAUGUGUUUGUAAUUUGAUAUAAACGUUUUAUGGAUUGGACUUUGUAAUCAAACUAAAUCAUUUCAACUGACUGUAUGUUGAUUUUCCCUUCAGAUACAUAUCAAUAAAACCAAAUUAAACAAGGAA